AUGGCUGUGUUCCUUCAUGUUUGGACUGUGGUUAUAAGUGCUUUUUUGCUGCUUUCAGGUAAGGGCUAAUUCUUUUAACAAUGAGGCAUUAGUGCGUCUGCUUGUAGACCUUGUGGAAGAGGAAGGGCAUUGGCUCAGGGCUAGCUAGCUGCAUGCAGAAGCUCCUAAGUUCAGUCCCUGGUAUCACCAGGAAGCGCUGGGAAAGACCCACCGCCCCUUGCUUGAAACCCAGGAGAGCUGCUGCCAGACAGACCAAUGCUCUGACUCAACAAAACACGGAUGCCUUUGUUCCUAACAGUUUGCAACGCCCCACCACUUGGCAAUCCUGGGACCCACGCUGCUCCUCCUCGGUUGAACCACUUACUCACUGGGUGGGUGGGGUCUGCUGCUCUGGAAAGUAGCAUGCUUUGGCCUCACUUGGCCAGGGGCUCUCUGUGGUAUCGCUCUUAAACCUUUUGGUGGCCAUAUGUUUUAAGCAAGCUGCUAUUAAAGUGGGGGGGCUAUCCUGGGGUCUGUCUCGGUUAGGUAGCAUGUUCAGCUAGGCUGCUUUCACACUCCCUGCCUUCUAUCUGCACAAUGCUCUGCUUAAGGAUGACUGCUGCAAAAAUAGAGUAAUGUAGGUACUUGAAGCAGCAAAAAGUAUGAUAUAAAAUGCUCAGUAAUCUGUGUCUAAUUCAACCAGUGUGUUAUUUGCAAGUUUGCCAUCGUGUGGUGAAGCCUAGUAUUUAUCUUCUUGACAAAUCAAACUGAACAGCAAAGGUUCUUUUUUGGUCACUGGUGGCAAAAGAGUGAUUAGUAGGGAUACCGAAUUAAAUUUACAUUGUUUAUUGUGCUAUUCAGCGCUGGCUGUGGUGCAGAUCUAAAACUGGUUUUAAAAUGGUCACAGCUUCCCCUUAAGAACCGACUCCCAUUAGCCCACCAUUCUCAGGACUUGUUAGAAGCCCUGCCUGUCUUCAGAAGCCCUGAGAGUAGCCAUAAUUCUGCAAUGCCUUGGUCACUUUCACACUAUAUGCUUAGAGCACAUUUAUACCACUUCAAAAAGUAAUGGUUUCCACAUCCCACAGCCCCAAAGAAUCCUGGGAACUGUAGUUUGCCAAGACUGCUGAGAGCUAUUAGGGCACAGUUCCCAGCACACACAGCAAACUAUAGUUCCCAGGAUUCUUUGAGGUGGGAAUCUAUGUACUUUAAAUGUAUGUUGGGGAUGUGAGUAAAGCAUCAACCUAGGCUGUUCUGCAUCCUGAAACAGCAGUAGGAGGCAUAGCUCAGUGGCAGAGCACCUGAUUUGUAUUCAGAACGCCCCAGGUUCAAUUGAAUGGUUCAGGUAACAGGUGAUGAUGGGUGAGAUUUGGGAAAGUCAGUGUGUAGAAGUUGGUAAGCUAAAUGAAUAAGAAGCCUGACCUAGUGUAAGGCAAUUUCCAAUAUUUCUUGAAUUUAUAUCCCACUUUUUACUUCAAAGAGACCAUGGUUCUCCCUCUCAGUUAAUCCUCACUACAACCCUGUGAGGUAUAUUGAGCUGAGAGGCAGUGACUGGCCCACCUAGUGAGUUUCAUGGCUGAGUGGGGAUUUGAACCCAGGCCUUCCCGGUCCUGGCCUGGAUCCCUUCUGGCUUCCUAUGUGGCUAGCCUCCUCUUGGGUCCUUCCAACAAGGUGUGGAUGUUGAUGCAAUGGGUGUCCCUCUCUCUAGCGCUGCCCGUGCAUGGCCGGGGAGACACCUUCUACAUUGAGCAUGCCCAAGGGAGUGACUGGGAUGAGGCCAGGGAUCCCCCUGAUGACAUCCUUGACAUUAACCAAGGUAAGUGCUUCUGCUGACUCUGAAGAACACGUGCCCCCACCCCCUGCCUAUAAAUGAUGAAACUCUUUAAUAUGCUGAUUUAUACAUUUCCCCCCAUUGCCCUGGUUCAGUCUGCUGUUUUUGUAAGUUGCAAGGUUUGGCUCACUUUCAUGAGUAAAUUGACCAAAAACUAAUAAUCACUAUCAUGUUUCCCACUAUUCUGCCUUGUGUAUCUUUUAAUGAACUGCCCCUUAAGCAGAGGCUGCGCUGCCUAAAGGGGGGCGGGUUCAUGGCCAUGCUAUAUGCAGGGGUGCACUGAAACCACUCACUCAGCCCUGGUCACUGGGAACCUUAUUUGGCCACGCUUUGGGCUUGAUACUGCCAGGCAUGCAUUCAAGGACAGCUGCCAGUCUUGAGGGCUGGCACAGCUGGUGACUGGGCGGAACUGCAGCACUAGGGUGUGCUGGAUUUUUCAGCUUUCAAAUUCCAGAAAUUCUACUCGAGUGCAGAUCCCUGCUGCAUCCAGCACAGAUGGUUAUUGGGACACUGUGUGCAACUUUUGUUCUCUUGCAGUGGAUCCCAUUGCAUAGCUGUGGUUACAUCCACACCACACAUUUGAAGCCCGUCCCCCCCCCCCCAAAAAAAUCUGGGAACUGUAGUUUGUUAGUUCUGUGAGAAGCAAACUUUAGUUCCUGGGGUGCUUUUUGGGAAAGCCAUGCUCUUCAAACAUAUGAUGUGGGUGAGAUCUAUCAAAUGCAGUGUUCACCAUCUAAGACCUCUGACGCUGCCAAAAUCAAUCCAGAGAUGGAAAAAUGUGUAUGAGAAACCUGAAUUUUGUUGGAAAAAGUUGCAUCCAAAAUGUGAGUGAUCAAAGUGGCAGGUCUGAAGUUAAAAACUGCAGCAAUUUGCUUUCAGCUCUAGUCUGUCGUAUUAGGCUACUUGAUCAGGUAAAGGCUUCCGCCAGGUACUGAGUCCAUUUUUCUCUUCCCAGAGCUGAUUUUUCCAGGGGCACCAGAAAGCAGUUUUCUGAUCGAGGGGGAUAUCGUCAAAGCGGUAGGUAAUGAUGGCAGAACUGGUGCAAGAGACAGACUCUUUCCUAAGAUGACUUAAUGGAAGAUCUGAGUGUGGUCAGGCCGGGACGUAGCCAGGAUUUAUUUUAGGGGGCCGGCUUUAUGUUGGGGGGUUCAGAACCGAGUUAUCUGCAACACAGUUGGUCAGUUAAGUAUUUUUAUAUAUUUACUUGAUUUACCCAUGGGCCUCUACAUCAGGAGUGGCUGCAUGGUGCCCUUCAGAUUACAAUUCACAUCAGCACCAGCCAGCAAUCGCAGUGAUCAGGGGAUGAUAAGGGCUGCAGCUCAUAAACAUCUGAAGAACACUGCUCUUGCUAUCCUUGCUCUCUACAUCCUGUUGCAUCCUGUUGAAUCCGGGUAACACGAGCAGCUUGCUUGCUUACCAAACUACCCGUAUGGUAUGAUUGCCAUAUGUCCAGAAUUUCCCAGACAUAGCUGGGAUUCGGUUGUCAGAAAAUGUGUCCUGGCGGAAAAGGCUGAAAUCUGUAUGUAAGUGUAGAUUUUGGCGAAUUUCCUUAAAAAUAUAUUCUUUAAAAACCUCCUUUUUCCCCCUCUCUCAACAACUUUUGUGUCCGGAUUUUCACAUAUUGAAAUAUAACAACCCUACCGUGUGGGAGAGGAGGAUGGCUGAUAGUUUGCAUGAAUUCAUCUGCUGCAGUCCUGAGAAAAACUCUGAGGCUGCUAUGUAUUUGCACUGCUGGGAAGCUCAUUCUCACCAGCCCAGGGGAUUCUGUUAGCUUUGUGCCCCUAGAGGACUGGUGCCUAAAGCAACCCUUUUGCAUUUCUAUCCUGCCUGUUUUCUGUGCAGCUCAGAGAGCCACGCGUGAGGCUUCCAGGUGCUCUGCCCAGCCUGCUUUGCUUCAGCAACUUGGAACUGUGUUGGCAGCCUUUGGCCCACAAUUUGGUAUUGCCUGCUGGGUUGCUUCUGUAAACUAAAAGAGUAAAAGAGCAAGCAGGGCAUAAAAACUGCUGUCCAGAGACCAAUGAGGUCACUGCAUUCCUUGGUGUGACCUCAGGAGUGUCCCUAACAGGAGAACUUGGCAUUCUGUUGAUAGCAAAAUGGUUUGUGGAGGGGCUUCUGCAGCUCAAUGAAGCUGAAGGUCCCAGGUUCAGUCCCUGGAAAAGCUCUUCCUUGGAACCCUGGAGAGCUUCUGCCAGCCAGUGCUGGCAAUGGUCUGGCACAUUACAAUGCAGCUUCUGAUGUGAAAGUGGUGCUGAUUCUCUCCCAUAUAGAGUCCUUUCAGGCUGUUCCCAUCUGCCAACCCAAGAUGGCCAAAGAAGAGAGGGAUUGUCCAAAUUCCCUAUGUAAUCUCCUACAAAUAUGGUAAGUAACAAACUUUGGAACCUCUUCCAGUAGGAACAGGGCAUAGAUGUUAUGAAUAACUUAGGUUCUUUUAUCUGUUUAGGUGUUUAGCAUAAAUGAGAUUCAGUGCACUCCAGGAAGAACACAAGUAAGCAGUCAGACAACCAAUAUAUUGGAAUUUCUACGUAACAUUUAUUGAUUAACGAUCAUAACACAUAACAAGACAAGGGAGCAUGCACUCAGUCACUCACGCAAACAUACUCACCGCCUCUUUCCUGGAAGCGAUUAAGUUCCAGUAAGAGUCCUGGGUGAUCAGACAGUGAGGCCCCAGCUGCGUCUGACACACAGACUCAUCUGAAAAAUCUCAGUCUUACGUAGUAUUUUUGGUGUUCUUGGCAGUCCUUUGUCUUUAGCAUGUUCUUGGCAUAUCACAACUCUCAUUGUUUGCACCUGGCGUUCUGUAACUUUUGGCACAGUAUGAUACUCAUUGUUUGCAACCAGCAUUGCUUGGUCUUUACGCUUCCUUGCAGGUACAGUACUUUAGCCAGAACAUGAACAGUCCAUUAGCUCUUUGAUCAACAUAGUUCAUCAAUUGUUCAUUAACAGCAUCCAUUUUGUGUGGCGCUCUUCAGCCAUCUUGCGGCCCAUUCAAACAUGGCAUUUGUUACAUAGAGAUAGGGUAGAAACCUGAUUCAGGACUUGCCCACACAUUACCUUUUGCCCUGCUCUUUCCAGGCACAGUUCCACACUUUAAAGCUCUCUGUUUGAGAACCCCCUUUUUUUUGCCCCAGAGCUUUCCCUGUGAAAACCUCUUUAAAGCUGAAUUGGAGCAAAUUGGAGCAGUUGGGUUUUCUGCAGAUCGCCAUUUGCUCCGAUUGAGUGCUAAAGAGUGGGGGUUUUCAUGGAGAAAGCUCUGGAGCAAUAGGGCGGGGAGGGGGGGAUUCGGACAUGGAGCUAUAAAGCAUGGACCAGGGAAAGGUAAGUGUGGAUAAGCCCACAGUUUGCAUUUAUAGGCAAAUUUUGCUCAUUAGCACUUUCCAAAAUACACAAGCACAUGGCCAUCCUUCAAAAUUAGCACUUCUCUGACUGUUCAGUGCAGUUUUGUAGGCUGGUAAUACUUGCAAAAAUGUGUAUACAAGGUGGGUGUGCAUAAAAACGUACGUGCUUGUGAAACUAACAUACAGAAAGACAUUAAGUUGGGCAAAAGUGCAUACAAAGAUGUGCCUUUUGGGAGAAAUUAGCAGUGAAAUGCUGAUGAAUUUUCAUGAGCAGUUUUUAAGUCAUAAACUGAUGUGGAGAAUUGAACUUGGGAUUGGGACAGUGAAAGAAUAAAGAUAAAUGGAUGGAUUCGCCCAGCCUUGCUGCUGAGGGAGAGGUGAUGGAGGCUGGAUGGAGUCCAGUUAAGGAGCAAGUGGAUCCAACUUCCACCUUUCUGGCAAAACAGCCUUCUCUCCCCAAGCAAGUGCUCUCCAGAUGUUUUGUACUUCAGUUCUCACCAGCCUCAACCAGACAUAGCCCACAACAUCUGGAGAGCACUGGGCAUGGGCAAUUCCAGGGGGACAGAGGGGCAACCACCCCUCCCUAAUUGCUGGACUCCUGUCAUUAACAUUUACUGUUAUUUUUCUUUCAGAGCUCUUAACAGCUUGUCCAUCUAGAAAUAUACUUUGCCCCUUCUGUGCCCCCCCUCCAUUUUUUUUCUGGGGCUGCUACUAGUGUUGGGUUGGGAGGCCAAGUUUUGAAUGACCAAGGUGCUGAAUAACUUAGCCCCUCCCCCCAAUCUGCGCUAUGCAUCCAAAGCCCUAGGAACUGUGGUAUUUUAAAGGUGAUGAGAGGUGUCAGGAGACCCCUAUUUCCUUCACAGAGCUGCAGUUCCCAGAGUUCCCUGGAAAAAAGAGAAUGAUUGCUAGAACUAUAGUUCUCAAAGUAGAUCAUGGUGGGGAUUCUGCUUCCAACAACCAUCGUGGCUACUAGUCAUUGUUAGCCAUGAACAUUACUCCAUGAACCUGUCAAAUUAUCUUUUAAAAUUAUCUAAGUUGGUGGCCAAUAUGACAUCCUUUGGGAACAGAUUUCAUGACUUAACUCUGUGGCUCUUUGCCGCCACUACUGGCUCCAGGAAAUCCUCUUUGGUUCUCAUUGGAAUGAGAGCAAGCUACCAGGAUAGCGCUGAUUCCCUUGGAUGACUAUGAUUGGGGGGCAGGGACGAGGGAAGGAGCUGAGGGUGUGUUGAUGUGUGCAACAGGAGGGGACAGGCCUACUUAAAUGUCUUGCAUUUGAUUAAUGGUGUAGAAAAUAAGCUGAACUUGCUAAGUGCUCCUAUUCUGAGUAAAAGGAUUCUGCUCUGAGCAUUCUGACCCUGCUCUUGCCUGUAUUCUUAUUGUUCCUGCCAGACGAAUCCAGCGUGAAGAUACUCAAGGGAGCAUUUGAAGACUUUUCAAAGUUCACGUGCAUCAAGUUUGUCCCUUAUUCCAACCAGAGAGAUUUCAUUGCCAUUGCCCCACUCUCUGGGUUAGUAGUGACUUACAAGAUGUAUCUUACUGGGGAGUAAUGGGGUGGUCUCCUAGUGGAUGACCCACCUCCUGCAAAAGCUAGAUUCUCUUCCUUCCAGUGCCUCUGCUUCCUCCAGUUUUGUUCUGCAGCUCAACUUCCUGGCCUGAUAUACUAGUGCAGAUAACCAUGAUGGCUGCAGAUGAUGGAAGCUGUAGUCCCAAAUCAUUUGGAGAGCACCAGAUUGGGCAAGCCUGUGCUAGAAAGGCAAAAUCAAAAUUUUGGGAUGGGCCAUGUGCUGAAGAGGAUCUUGGAAAUGUUGACUUUUGGAUAUUUGCAGUUAUGCUAGACAUGCAAUGACAUUCUUCAAUAAUAGCCAACUCUGGGUAGUAUAUGGGAGCUGCUUUUAACAACAUGUAAUACACUUCUGUAGAAAGAUUUUAACCAGUUGGUAGAAUUUCCCCUUGAACAGAUGAGGAACAAUCAAAUUUUGAAGUUCUGGUUUCAAAUUCAAAACUUCAUUUGGGGGUGCAUGUCAAAAGUUAGCAAAUUUGAGUGUUGGCUUAUAAAGUUUUCUGUACUUCAUAUGUAUGGACCUAAUUUGUGGAUCAGAAGUUGGUUAUUUGCUGGAUGUUGUAUUUAUAAAAUAUUCUGAUUCAGUUCAUGGAAUAUUUUUUCAGUGGUGGCACCAUGGUUGUAGAAUUUCCUCUCCAGCGACAUCCAAAAUGCCUACCGCACUGAUGGGUUUGAAGAUUACUUCUCAAUGUUACUAGAACAUUGUGCUUUUUGUGGCUCUUGGAGUUUACUGGAGGGUUGUUAUCAUUUUAGUAUAUUGCUUUUGUUUUUUAUUGCUAGACCUUUCUGUAGAUUUCCAAUGCAGAUUUUAUGUACUGUUGUGUUCCCUUGCUUUUUCUACCACAAAACGGCUAUCUAUAUUUAAAUAGGCAGGCUGGUACCCUAUGAGCAUUGGCUCCUUAGGCAUGGGAUAGGUUGUUUGGUUGCAAUACAACUUCUUAACGCGUCUCUUUCACUCUCUCUCUCCAGCUGCUUCUCCAGUGUUGGGCGCAUUGGUGGGAUGCAGGUGGUUUCCUUGGCGCCCGCUUGCCUCCGCAAGGGGAAGGGGGUGGCACUGCAUGAGCUCAUGCAUGUCGUGGGCUUCUGGCAUGAGCACUCCAGAGCAGACCGGGACAAGUACAUCAGCAUCUCCUGGGACGAAAUCUUGACUGGUAAUGGUUGCUUCGGCUUUUCUAGCUGGCUCUGUGUGGCCCCAGGUGUAUUUUUUUGAGGGGGCACGACUGAGCACCCCCACAACAGGCUGCCCCAUUGGACCCUGGCUCCAGCGCAUGAGGGAGGGAAUACCCCCUGCCUGAAACCUGGAGAGCUGCUGCCAGGCUGUGUCAAUCCAGGGUGUGCUCAGUGACCAAAUGCAACUCUCUAGUCUCUCUGCUGAGCCGCUGGGACUAGGGAUGAGGGGUGGGGGUGGGAAUUAAACCCAAUCCGCUUUUAAUGCCAAAUCUAUCAAAUUCACUUGGGACUUCCUCCCCUGCGGUGGGACCAGGGACUCUGAAUGCUUGUUAUCCACUGCUGCUGAGACCCUCCUGCUUGUAGACCUAAUCCCCUUCUUGGAUUCACAGGCUUUGAAAUAAACUUCAUGAAGUCUUGGAAUACCAACAUGCUGGUGGAUUAUGACUACUCCUCUGUAAUGCACUAUGGCAGGUAAGCAAACCUACAAGAAGGCUCCUAGCUAUUAUAAAGAAAAUGUUGGGGACGUGUGAAGCACCCCGUGCUGCCUCUCGUUGGCAGUGGAGUGGGGCCAGGGCAGGUAUGUCCACAUUGCCAAAGGGGUGUUGCGUGUUCUGGGUGACUGUCUGCAAAAGCAGGUGCAUUUAUAGUAAGGGCAGAAUUUUCCAACCUGUUUGGAGCCUGCCAUUCGUGCUCCUUGUUCUUACAUGCAUAUUCUUUGGUAAGCCAUGGGACAUGUCUGAGUCACUGUGUCUGAAGAACGUGACCUACACUGGCUAUCUGAUGGGAUGGCUGGUGAUAGGGACCCUUGUGGUGGAACCAUGACUUGGGAGCAAGAGUGCAUUGUUUGCAUGAAGAAUCUUGGCUAUGGGCGAUUUCCAGUUUGGAGGCAGUAAUGCUUCUGAAUGCCAGUCACUGGCUGCCACUCACGGGAUGUGCUCUUGGACGCCAGCAGGCUCUUCUUAGGUUCUUACAUUCCAGUUCAAAGGGUUGAGUAGCAGGUAAGACCCUUCUGUACCUGAGACUCUGGGCUGCUGCUGCUGCCGGUCAGAGUGGGUGGUACUAAGCUUGAUGGAGCUAGAUAUAAAGCACCUUCCUAUGUUAAGCAGAACCAGGAUAGUCCCCCUGUGUAUGUACAAGAGUGGCUCACACUGCUUUAUCUUCCUCUUUGCCUCCACUAGGAAUGCCUUCAGCAUGUCUGGCUCAGCCACCAUAACACCACUCUCCAGUUCCCUGACCUUUCUUGGACAAAGGUGGAACCUGAGCAAUUCAGAUGUUGCCAGAGUCAACAAGCUUUAUAAAUGUUCUCAGGCUGCAGCACAGCCAGGUAAGAAAAUGAAGACUCAACAAAGCUUAGUUUCCCAAAUCCUGUAUUUUGAACGCUUAUGCGUGCGUGCAAUUGAGUUUUCCAUAUGUUGACCAUUUGCUUUGAUUUAGUAGUAAAAUGCGGGCUUUCCCAGGGAAGGCACUGGGACAAAAAUAAUAAAAAAACCCAGACACAGAGCUUUAAAAGAAGUCUGGAUGAACCCUCAGUUUCUUGGUUUCUCUACCCCACAAAGCUAAGGUUGUUUCUCACCUUAAAUAUCAAGGGAGUCGUAGGUUGGCUCUUGAGUGUCCCCAACAGAAGGCAGCUAUGAUGCUCCAAAUGUGUCUGGCAUGAUAAACAUAAUUGUGUUCAUGUACACAUCUCUUUUGAUGCACACAACUUAACAAUGGGUGAAGCAGUGCUGUGCUAAAUUUCUUAUGCCUUUUAAAAAGCCAUUCUCCCUCAGUUAAUGAGAGAAGGAACUGCAUUUGCAGGUUAUUAAAAGGGAGAAUAGUUUGGUGGAAUUCUCAUGGGUGGGGAGCAGGGGUUGUGUUGCACUUGCCUUACUUCUGAGUUUAGCCAAAGGGUGUUGUGGGAGUGUCCUUUCUUUCAUUCUACAAAUCUGCUCACCAGAGAUCUGUACUCUGCAACCUUCCUGGGUGCCUGUGAGAUAAUACCUCCAUGUAGCUUUUCCAGAUCAGGAGGUUUGAGCAGCCAGGAAGGCUGCAGACUGCUGAAGAAAGGUUUAUGGGAAGAAAAACAUUAACCAUAACAAAAGUUAAGCUCAAAAACACCAUUUCUGCCGAAAUUCUAUAGUGGCCUGAGAAUGAGGGAGAAUAAUUGAGGGUUGUAUCCAACUGAAAUUAAUGGAGCUGAGUUAGUCAUGUCUAUGCUGUGUACAUGCUAUACCUUGAAAGCAUUUUCUUUCCCUCAAAUUAUUCUGGGCACUGUAGUUUAAGGGUUUCUGGGAAUUGUAAACUCUACUGUGCCCAGAAUUCUUUGAGGGAAAGAAUGUGCUUUGAGUAUAAGUUGCAUACACAACCAAUGACUUCAGUGGGUCUGCUUUGACUAAUGUUGGCUACAACACAGAAGCAUCUUUCAAAGGAGAAGAAAACUUUCAAGAAAUUGGGAAGAUUUUGACACAGGACAUGUGACAUGACACAGGAACAUGUGGCUGGGAACAUGUAUGAUAAUUGACAGAAGUUCUAAUUGCUUUGUUUUCAGAGGCAUCUACCAAGGGAGUCAUCAAAGAGAAUGUAAUGGACUUCAUGCCAAGUGAACCUAAGCCCCAUACAACGCAAAACAAACCCAAAGUAUCUACUGCCUGGAAUCUCAGUUCUAUAGCGUCUUCCAAGGAAAUGCCACAUCCGGUCAGAGAGCCUCUGGGGACCAUCACACCAUCAAGCAAGGUUGCUGGUGAAAACAUUAGUACCACAGAAGCCCAGACAAGGGAGGUUUGGUCACCUGGGCCAAAGAUACAAAUGCAAAGGACAAUGUCUCAGCAUACCCCUGGUAAAGCAGAAGGGAGUAAAAAAUCUCUAGUGGUUACAGAAGAGAUGCUGCAUCAAACCGUAUCUGGAGAAAUGGCAGUGAGUGAUGUUGCCCAGAAAACUUCUGAACCGCAAACUCUGCAGAAUCCCACCAGUAGUGCAAGGGAGUUGAGAAGCCAGCCUCCAAGCUAUGAGGAGGUCUACAUACCAAGUGACCAAAGCCCCGUAGAAGUAACGACAAGCAGUGCUCCGGAGGUGGAGCUUUCGCUUUCCUUUCUGACCAAAAGCCCAGACGCUUUCCCAAUGAAAACGGUCCAGGGAUCUGCCACAAGACUUGGUAAGAAAGCUCUGGACUGGACACCUUCUAGAACAAGAGCCAUGCAUAUAGAGCAUAGAACAGAACUGCCUACUACUAUGGUGAGAGGAGAACUGUCUACUGCUAUGGAGAUUGGAAGCUCCCCAUUAAUGAGAAGCAGUGAGGCCGAGGAUAGACAUGGUUCCCCAAGCCCAGCUGAGGACCGCCCUUUCUCUGCGAUGGAAAACCAAACUGGGAAACAGCUGGCUCAGCUAUUUCUUCAGACCAUAAGCAUCUUUAGAAACGAAACAGGUAGCACUGCUUCUACAACCCCCGUAGUCCAGGCUGAAGCAGGGUCUUCAUACACAACAGCCUCUCCAAGAGCCUCUAGGAACUUGAUCACAGCCUCCGGUGUGGUGGGACUGGAAGAAACCAAACACAGUGAAGUGGAAAGCCUGGGAAGCUUUGGCACAAUUGAGAGCCAGAGUGAGAUUAUGAAAAAGGAAAGGGAAAGCUUCCACACCAAGGAAGGGAGCAGGCCAACCGACGUGCUAUCUUCUAGCGGCAAAGAACAGUAUACAAGACAUAGAUUGGAACCUGGCAUGUUUGCUACCCAGGGGCUUCCCUCUCUUGGAAGUUCAGAGGCUCAGGAAAGCCACCUUAGUCAGGCAACUGCUGGAGCCCCAUCCCCUUGGGCUUCUGUCAUAGGCCCUCUUGCCGUUUCCAAGCUAAAUGUAGCAACUUACUCAAAGAGCAACCAGACCCAAGUGGAACAGUUUGAUCGGUCAGCUGCUCAGCUGGCCAGGAAGGGCUACAGAAAAGAGGCACUUACAACACACAUACCACCAGGGCCUCUCUUAGUGCAAGUUACUGAACCUGAACUGGAGGCUGAGGAGCAGACCCUUGUCCAUGCAGAACUGCCAAGCCAAACUCCCACUUUACAGGAUUGGGCUUCACUGGCAAUGGAAACCAACCAGGCUAUACAUCCUACAGAGGGAACAUUUCCUCUUCCUCUGUCCCACACCCCUAGACCCGCUGAAACAAGACACAAAACUUCAUGGUUGCAACAACCAAGCAACACCAAAGUCUAUGGCCCUAGUGCCCACGUUCCAGGAUGGGGCCCCUUUGCAGAUCUACACGAGGAAGAAUUUGAACACACUUUAGAAACAGCGUCCAUUACAACAAUGUGGCCAUCUACAGCACAAGAAUUCAGGGUGAGCCAUGAAAAAGAAGUUAGAACUGGACACUCUGAAGAAGCCAAGGCUCAUUGGAAAGCACCUUUGCUUUCCCCUGAGCCGUUUGAGGACCAGAUGCCCACCCAACCUAAAUACCGGGUGGCAGGUACUCCAUGGCAGCGUUCUUCUACCCCCUCAGUAACAACUGGCCUCCCUGGUGUGGUGCAGAUCAGGAAUCCUAAUGGGCCAGGAGCAGCAGCACCCCAAAGACCAUGCAAUGGGGAAUUGGCAGGCUCUUCACCUGGGACGGAAUAUGGACUAACAUCCACACGCGUGUUGCCCAAAUUGGAAACUACAAGCCAAGAACAUUCAGGAUCAGAAAAGAGAGAUCAUAGCCCUACCUCCAAAGGGGACUCUCUGCCAGUGAGAAGAACAAGUCCUCCUCCUAAAGACCACACUUCAUCAGCAAUGGUGAGUCAACUGAUGCAGACAAGGACCCCAAAGAGGACUGUGGCAAGUGAUGAAGGAUCUGUUACUGCUGGCUCUUUCAAUUUAUCCACCAUUUUGCUCUCUAGCAAACCAGCUUUAAAGGGACCCCAAAGCUCUUCUCCUUUGAGGAGAACAGAACCUGUGAUGAAAACUGAGAGCCCACCUACACAAUUCUUGGAAACAGCCAUGGAAACAAAACCUUCCUCUAAGCUUAAAGAAACCCUUGCAGAAGGGGAAAUGACUGAACCAGCAAAUGCCACAGAAGACAUGUCCCUCCAUGUGAUGAACUUGGCAACAAAUCCUACUUGGAAAGCCACAGCUGGCAGAAAUGGGGCACAAUCUCCCUCAUUAGAUAUGGAACCAACAGGAUUGCCCCAAGUUGCUGCUGAAGGGACGGCUCUGCUCCUGACUAUUGGCUCGCUAAAGUCUCCCAAACACAUAAACUUAAGAGGACAGCCUACCAGUAGCCAGCUCAGGAAAGAAACCAUGACAUCUAUGGCAAAGAUUCUUGCAGUGGACAUGGUGUCAGCAUUAUCAGCAUCCAGUACCAGUCCUCUAGACACAAGGGGAAACAAGGCAACCUUGUUGACAGGUGCAAAAGAGGCUACAAGGAGAUCUUCCAAGAAAAGUGGAGAAACUGCUCUAGAGAUCUAUGCCAGCACACCAGCUCCUGAAUCGCACAAGACAGCUACAAUUGGAGUUUCCACCCUGGGAUCCCGUGAGGAGCAUGCUGUAGCAACUAAAAUCACACAAUUCCAGCCUGAACAUGGAACCCAAAGACCAGAGGUGGGGUAUGAACACAGUAGGUUUCCUCUUGUAGGAAUGGGAAAUGGAGAGCUACAGGCUCCCUCUACAAAAUUUCCCAGGCACUCCUCCAAGACCCAAAUUGUAGUGAAUCUGGAGGAAAUGUCUGGAAACCAUACAGAGAAAAUGAAGUCCAAGGAAAAUGAGGUGCCCCCUAUAGACAACCCUAACUUCUCCCACCGUGUUGGCAAGAGGUCUUUAGCAGAGAUAAUGGCAACUCCAGCAUCUCUGAGUGUUGCUCUACCAGAGGAAAUUGAUCAUGAAUUUAUAGGCCACAUGGAUGAGCCUUCCCCAGUUGAAAAUGUGGCAGACAAAAUGGAGGCAGCAAAACCAUUGCCAUUUGGAAUGUCCAGGUUGUCCACUCUUCUCCAAGGGCUGCCUUCUGCUCUGAAAAAGGCAGAAAAUAACCAAGUGGCUCCCCCAAGAACUGUGAAAGCUCCACAGCCUCUGACCACUUUUUGUCCCUUUGAGAAGAAUUUGUGUGGCUGGGAGCAAAGCAAGGAGGAUGACCUGGACUGGGUGCUUGAAGAGGGGCAGGAGCAGCUCGUUAGGACUGGGGGAGGUGGAAGCCCCCCUGGAAUGCCUUGCACAACCUCAGGUGGUAAGUGACUCCUGCGCUCUCAGGCAGCGUCUGCUCCACUUUGGGGUGUGCUGCAGGGUCUUCUGAGUGGUGGGAGUUCAGGACAGACAAAAAGAAAUGCUUAAGGGAUUGACUGUAGCAAGAUUGUGGUAGUGACCACCAAUUUGGGCAGCUUUAAAAAAGGAUUGGACAAAUCCACGGAGGAUAAGACCAUUACUGACUACCGGCCAUAGAAGGGCUAUACGUUACCUGCUCUCUCAGUAAGUCUCUGGGUCCCAAUUGCUAGGAGAACUCAAGUGAGAGAGUGCUUUUCACACAAGUGGGACUGGGUGCUGGACUAUAUGCACCUUUUGGUCAGAUCCAGCAGACUCUUAAAUCAGGAGAUGGUGGAGUUUCCAUAUCCAUUUCCACUUGAGCUCUCUUGGUGAUGGCCAAACUCUGGCCCUCUGCAAGGACUAUGACAAACACAGUGGGGGUUCCCCCCUGCACCUGACUCUGCUAUCCUCUCUGGAGAGUCAGGAGAGCCCCAUAACAGCAUGUGGAGGGAGGAUAGGAGAGGUUAAUAAUAAUAAUAAUAAUAGAUACCUCACCCUCCCCAGCCAAAACCGGGCUCAGAGCGGCUAACAUCAAAUGUAUAACACAUUAACAUAAAACCAGGCAAUCAAUUAAAAUACAUCCUAAAAUCAGAUCAGGAUCAGAAUAAAAUCCAAUCAGAGGCAACCCCCAGAUUAGAGUUAGGGACCUUAAAUGCUCACCAGGCCCACCUGUUUGUGCUGAACUUAGAUGGCCUGUGAGAAAAAUUCUAUACGGCAACCAUAUGUCAGGAGUGCUCUGAUGGUGUUUCCUGCUUGGCAGGGGGUUGGACUCGAUGGCCCUUGUGGUCUCUUCCAACUCUAUGAUUCUAUGAUUCUAUGAUUCUAAGUUGAAAUCUUCUGAUGAAGCAACUGGAAGUGUGUGGUGUUGAGUUCCUCCCUCUGCUGUGAGAAGCAGUUAUUUCAUUUUGCUACGUGGCAGUGACCUCUGCUUUUGGGAACAUUUUAAUGAUUGAUGUCUCAUUCUUCCUCCCAUCCCAUUUACAGGUUGUCUUGGGUGGGGGCUUCCCAACAUCAGCUCCAGAUUGUUAGUCUUAUGUGAAGGGUCAUGAUGGUCCAAAUUAUACCUGUUUCAUCUCUUCACCAGGUGGCUACCUUUCACUGAUGCCUUUGGCCCACAAUUCUAGUCAAAAGGCUGUUCUGGUCAGCCCAGUUGUGCAGGGCAUCAGGUGCCUCAAAUUCUGGUACAGCCGAGGGGACCUUCUCAUGAGUAAGUGGCUUCUGUAUAAAAGGGAGUGUGUGUGGAUGAGGCUGCCAGUAGGCGGCUGGCUUGUCUGUAUGCAACAGUUCUGGACUGCCAGCUGAGACCCUAAUUCCCAGUUUCCCAAAACUGGGUGACCCAGAGUUCUCUAAGGCCCUAGUGCUGAUGAGGGAUUUUAUGUUUGGAAUAAAUGAAACACAGGCACCUUAGUCUGUAGGUAACCUGUUGUUGGCAUCUAUCUGUCUCAACAAACAACGGAGUGUGCCUCAGGGAGAAAGUAAAACUGCUGCGUUAUCAGCACCAAAGUGACCUCCCUGGGGCACAAUCCUAGGCGGUGUGUAUGGAGGUCCUGGGCUACCCAGACAACAAGGCCCUCAUCUCGGCCUCACUGAUGUGGCCCAAAGGAAAGCAGAGAAGUACGUUUGGCACCAGCUUGGCUGCAGGAGGUGCUGGAAGGAAGCACACAGCCAUUCAACCAUCUUAGGGACUCCAUUCCGGAUUGGAGUAGGGUUUGCUCCUGAGCCUUUGCUUCUUCCAAAGAUGUCCCACAAGGCAGCAGAAGUUUAGGAUCAGAGUUGUCCUUCUCUUAGAUGGGCUGUAGGUAGGCCACCUACAGCAAAAGAAAAAGGUAUAUUUUGCAUAUUUGCCUUCAACCUCACCUUAGUUCCUGUGGUUGAGGGGAUCCUGUCUGGAAGCCUCAGUUAGAGCCAUAACACAAUGGGUUGUUUCCUUCAUAACAACCAUCUUUUUAGAAAACAACAUUGCUCCCUGUAUCUUUAAGUGAGGUGCCUACAUAGGAAGCUGCCUUAUAGGGAGUGAGAUCAUUGGUUGCUCUUUCUUAGAACUGUAUACAGUGGUAUCUUCGUUCCCAAAUGGCUUGGCUCUCAAACAAAUUGGUUCCUGAACGCUGCAAACCCGGAAGUGUUCAAGUUUGUGAACGUUUUUCAGAAGCCAAACGUCUGACGCAGCUUCCGCGGCUUCUGAUUGAGUGUCAGGAAGCUACUACAGCCAGUCGGAAGCUGCACCUUGUUUUUCAAAUGGUUUCGGGAGUCGAAUGGACUCCCGGAACAGAUUAAGUUCGAGAACUAAGGUACCACUGUAUAAAGACUGGCAGUGACUCUCCAGGGUUUCUGAAGGGGAACAUCCCCAGACCUACCUGGAGGUGCCAUCGGGGGCAAACCUGGGUUUUUUUGCAUAAUUAUCCACUUACAGUGGUACCUCGGGUUACAGAUGCUUCAGGUUACAGACUCAGCUAACCCAGAAAUAGUACCUUGGGUUAAGAACUUGGCUUCAGGAUGAGAACAGAAAUCGCGCGGCAGCAGCAUGGCAGCAGUGGGAGGCCCAUUAGCUAAAGUGGUACCUCAGGUUAUGAACAGUUUCAGUUUAAGAACAGACCUCCAGAACGAAUUAAGUUCUUAACCUGAGGUACCACUGUACUCUCCUACCUUCCCCGCCCCGCGUGAGUGAGUGCAGUUUCCCAUUUGACAAUCCUGUUAGAUUCCCCACUCCUAGUGUGCAUUUUAUCCAAAACUGGAAAAGACAUUUAUAGCUUAGUGUUGAACAUUUUGUGCCAAAUCUGUGUGUGUUGAACUUUUAAAAAUACUAUUUGGUAGCAGUUUAUCAUUCAGCGUGACUCCUGUUUCUGAGGCGGGUGAAAUCUUUGCAGGUGAAAUCAACGUCUACAUAAUGCUCCGGAAUUCCUCUGAAUGGCACAAAAUGUGGUCUCUGAGGGGGAAUCAAGGCACUGGCUGGCAUCUGGCGGCUGUAGCCAUUUCCAAGACUUGUGAGCUACAGGUAAGCAUUUAUGGUCUGCCUUCAAGACACAACUGGUUGGAAUAGCUUAAGAAGACCCUUUAUGGAAAGUGCAUCUCUGGUAAUGGCAGAGUCGAUGUGAGCUGACAGGAUGGUGGUCGCUAAGAAGACAAAAAGGUCCCAGAGUCCAUAAAUUCUAGACUUCAGCUGGUUAAGAAAAGUGGUAAACAUGUACUGGGAUACAAACUAACUCUGAAAAUGAUCUCGCAGGACAGCCAGCUCUGUCCAGCUGUCCAGCUCUAAGGAAAUCAGAGACUGAGUACUAUGCUAAGUUGGUGAAAACUGGUGUGCCCCACUGUAACAAUACUGAUUUGGGUACAACUUGUGGAAAGUUAAAGGUAAAAGUAAAUAAUGCUUUAGCUGAGAUUCCUGCUUUGCAGGGGGUUGGACUAGAUGACACUUGGGUCCCUUCCAACGCUAAGAUUCUAUCAUUCUAUGACCCCUGGACAGUUAAGUCCAGUAAACUUGACCAUGGAGUGUAGUGCUCAACUCUACUUUCAGGCCGGUGUUUGUCUGCAGACAGCUUUCUGGGUCAUGUGGCCAGCAUGACUAAACCGCUUCUGGUGCAACAGGACACCGUGACGAGUGCCAGAGCACAUGGAAACACUGUUUACCUUCCCGCCACAGCAGUUCCUAUUUACUUGUUCUGGUAUGCUUUUAAACUACUAGGUUGGCAGGAGUUGGAAUAGAGCAAUGGGAGCUCACUCCAUUGCAUGGACUCAAACUGCCAACCUUCUGAUCGGCAAGCCCAAGAGGCUUUGUGGUUUAGACCACAGCGCCCUUGUGGAAAGUACUACAGAGUGUAUACACUCACCAUCAUUGACCCAGGUCACUAGAAGCAUGCCAGAGCAAACCAGCGAGAAGCAGACACUGCUGAACUUUAAAUUUUGUGUAAUAAUACUGGCUACAAAUAAAAAUAAACAAACAAAACAAAAAACCUGUCAACCUAGCAGUUCGAAAGCACGUCAAAGUGCAAGUAGAUAAAUAGGUACCGCUCCGGCGGGAAGGUAAACGGUGUUUCCAUGCGCUGCUCUGGUUCUCCAGAAGCAGCUUAGUCAUGCUGGCCACAUGACCCGGAAGCUGUACCCCGGCUCCCUUGGCCAGUAAAGCGAGAUGAGCGCUGCAACCCCAGAGUCGGCCACGACUGGACCUAAUGCUCAGGGGUCCCUUUACCUUUAUGUUUACAAAUAAAAAUAAGGCCCUUUACCAAAUCCUCAAAGCUCUUCUAUGUAUGCCCAGCAGAUAAAACAGUUGGGGAAAUGAGUAGAUUUGAAAGGCAAUCCCACUGGGAACAUCUCCUGCUGAAGCUUCUGCAACAGAGCACUUUCUGGUGGCAUCACACUCCUGGAGUGCUGUUAGCCCUGAAUGAGAUGAGAGGCUGCUACUGAUAGUGAUGGCAACUUUCCUCCAAAGACAAAAAGCAGGGUUGUUUUUUUGGGGAGGGGGUAUUUUCUGCUGUUGUGUCAGGACUGUAGUCAGGGCAAGGGUCUCAAAGCCUGGGGAGUGAGAGAUGCUGCUGCAGAACUUUACGCUUAAGACGCACAUGUUGCUGCAUGCUCUUUGGCUCUUAAUUCUAGGACUUUGAAAAGCUGCAGGCAGCUGAGCUUCUUCAGGUGGCUGAAUGAAACUACAGACUCUGCUCUCUCUGCAGGUGGUGCUGGAAGGUGUCACUGGCCCCAAAGCAAGGCAUAGUGCUGGGAUUGAUGAUCUGCUUCUCUGCAGGAAGCCGUGUGGCCAAUGUUACAGCAAUACGACACGUUCCUUGUGCAACAAGUGAACAAAAUAAACCUAAGUAUUCUCCAAUGUUGUGUGGAACACCAUUUAUUAAAAUCAGUUCAAGAUCAGAAUACAAUGAAAAAAUACAGAGCACAUAA